AUCUCUUGAUUCAAUUUUGUUAUUUUAAUCCUCUUUUAAUUGAGAAGAGAAUUCAAAAUAUAUUUAAAAAAAUAUUUGUAGAAAAAUCAAGACUAAAAUAUAAACAUUUAAUGAUUUCCAUUUUGGAUGCUUCUAUACAUCUAAAACAGGAAGAAAAAUUAAUUUCAGCAAUAUUAAUAGUUUUAAAAGAUAAUUCAAAUCAUGUAUCAAUUAUGGAAAAUGAUAUGUUUUUUCCAAAUGAAUUCAAACAAAAUUUAAUAAAAGCAAUAAAUAAUAUAACAAAUUCACAAAGUAUAAGUAUAUUAAAAACAUUGACAUAUCAUUUAAAAACAGAUUUCUUGCAAAUGCUUCAAUCUAAUAACAUUGGUGAAAAUAUUUUAUUAUUUCGAGCAAUAGUUGAAUUAUUUAUUACAUUUUUAGAUGGUAUAUGUAUUUUUGAAUAUAAUAGAACAUUUAGUUCAUAUCAAAAAUUUUUAAUUGCUUUCAAUGAUCUAAAAAAUGUGCUAUCACUUUUGAUGAUUGAAAUAUUGCGAUUAAAUUAUGAUGAAAAAGUUAUAAUACUAUUAACAGCAAUAUAUUCAUGGAAUGAAACACAAAGAAUGUUAAAUUAUUAUAUACCAAAUAUUAUUUCAGAAAAUUUAGUAUCAUCAAUAUCAGAACAUCAGUGGCAACAAUUGAUAAAAAAAGUUAAAGAAUUUGGAAAUGAGAAAUGUAAGAAUAGUAUGAAUAAACUUAUUUUACAACGAAUUAAAAUGUCUCAAAAUGAAUUAAAUAAAUCUUUUGUGAUGCUUAAUGAUUUAAUAGGUGGUUUAGAAUAUUGUUGGCAUUUCAUAUUAAAAUUUGAUACAGAAAUAAUACAAUUUUUAAAUAAUGAACAAAUGUUAAAAGUGAUACAUUUAUUAUUAGCAGAUAUGACUUCUAAUGUGGAUAAUUUUAAUAAAUGGGUAAAGAUAUUACAUAAAAGUGACUUACAAGAAAAUAAAAGAUUGAUAAUAUUUAUAAUAACUUGUAUUUUUACACAAAUUGGAUAUUUAAUAACAGAAAGUACAACAAAAUCUAUUAGUAAAUGUUUUAAUGCAGAAUGUCUACUUGAAGCUGAAAUUAUUAAAUGUGAAAGAAUAAAUAAUAUAUUAAUAUCUAUAAAGGAGGAAUUGUUAAUAAAUAAAUGGGUACAAAUACAAAAUAUAUUUUUAUGUAAAAUUCAAGUAUAUUUAGAAGUAUUACUUCAUUUACCAGUGAUGUUUCUGAGUACUAAUUUAAAAUUAAUCAUAUUUAUGUUCUUAUUUACUCUUCGAAUGGAAUGUAAUGAAAAUAAUGAAAUAGUUUUUUUGUGCAAUACUAUGUUUUCAGAUCUCUUGGAAAGAUCUAGCAUUGAUAUAUUUCAAUAUAUAGAACCUUCUUUAUUAUUACCAUUCCUGUCUCAAAAUAGAAUAUUUAAAAAACCAUUGGAAUUAUUUCUUAGGAAUUGUUCAUAUAAAAAUAUGAAAAAAUAUAUAAAAUCUUCAAUUAGUUCCAAUAAAAAUAUGUUUUUUUUAUUAGAAUCUAUGGAAAAUAUUAAACCAAAAUUAAAUAUUAAUCAAAAAAUAAUAAUUAAAAAGGCAGAACAGAAAUUAAUUAAAAUUAUGAUAAAAACUAUAUAUUUUGAAACAAAAAAUUUGGAUCAUAUGAAAAUAUUAUGUCUAAUAUUAAAAAUUAGUAUUAAAAAUGAUAAUAUUGAUGAAAAAUUAAAAAAUAUAGCAGAAUCAAUGAUUCAAGAUAUAUUUGUGAAUGAUAAAAAUAAUAAAAUUUCAAAUGAAUUAGUGCAAAAUGGUUUACAACUUAUGAUUAUUAUAUUACAUAAUAAAAAAAUAUUUCAAAUUACAAAUCAGACUAUAAAAAUAAUAUGGUAUACUUUAUUUAAAUAUCCGUUUGUAGAUGUGCUUUUACCAUUGUUAGAAUUAAGUGAACCAAAAGAAUUUUCUGAAUUUAUUGAAGAAUUACAUAAUCAAUUGGUAAAAACUCUUUUGAAUACACAAGAAAAAAAUUUGGAAAAUAUUUGUAUUAUAUGGAAUACUAUCUUAAAAAUAAAUAUGUCUAAUGAUCGCAAUAAAUUACGUUUAAUAGCUAUAAAUAAUUUAAUUCAAACAAUACAAACUAUAAAUAUACCAGAAAAAUUUUUGUCAAGUUUAUUGAAAUUAAUUCAAAAUAUUCUUGUUGCUAAACAUUUAUAUCUUCCUGGAUAUGUUAUUGAUAUGAGUAUAAUUUUUAGUUUAAAAUCAUUAGAAAAAAAUACAAUAUUAAUCUGUAAUGAUACAUUAGCAUUAUGCAAUGUAUUGCUAAAAGUAAGAAUAAAUCUAAUUAGAGAUAGAAUACCUUUAUUAUUGAUAUUAUUUAAACAAAUAUUAAAUAUUUUUACAUAUAAAUCCAAAGAUAUUAUUAAUAAAUCUGAUGAACAUAUAUUCAAAUGUCUUGCAUUAGAUAUUGAAAAAUUUACAAAUUCUUUAACAAAAUUAAAGAAAGAUAUGAUUCGAAUAAGUCCCUAUCUAAUAGCAGAUUUAUUGAAAUUAUUUUCAGAAAAUUCAAUANCAAUAUUUUAUUUUAGAUUUCUUUACAAAAUUGUAUAUAUCAAUUAAUUAGUAUAUGUGAUCAACAUGGAAUUGCAUUAUUAUCUCGAACAUUAUCUGUUUCAAUGCAAGAAAUUUUUAAAACUCAAUUAGAUGCAUAUAAUAAAUUUUAUAAAUUUAUUGGUAAAA